UUUUUUUUUUCCUUCACUUCCUUCCACUUUUCAUUUUCUACGCUUUCAUUUUUACAACCCUCAAAUUUUCCCAAUUAAUAACCACAAUCAUAGCAAUGAGUUCAUCCCCAAAAAUCUUGAUUGUAGGCGCCGGCCUCGGUGGUCUCAUGCUCGGACAUUUGCUGGAGAAGAUGGGUGCCGAAUACACAAUUUUUGAGCGUGCCCCUAUUGUGAAGCCAUUUGGUGCGGCUAUGGGCUUUGGAACCCCAAUCAUGCCACUCUUUGAGCAGCUUGGAAUGUUGGACGAGCUCCUUGAGUUAUCAUCACCUGCAUUAAAGAUGGAUGUUCUCAACGAGAACUUGGACUUGAUUGGCUCCAUGGAUAUCGCAGGAAGCCGUGAACGUACCGGUUAUGAUGCUGUAGCAUACAGCAGACCAGAUCUUUAUCGUCUGCUUUUGUCUAAGGUGCCAGCGGAGAGGAUUAUUUAUGGCAAGAAGGCAGCUUCUGUAGAACAGGAUGAGCAUCGUGCGAUCUUGCAUUGUACAGAUGGCACUCAAUAUGAAGGAGAUAUUUUGAUCGGAGCGGAUGGUGCUUACAGCACUGUCCGUCAAAGUUUGUACGAUACCCUUCAAAAGGAAGGCAAGUUGCCCAAGAGCGAUACAGAGUCCAUGAGCUUGGGUUAUACUUGCUUGGUUGGCACAACCCGUCCUCUGGACCCUGAAAAGUACCCAGACCUCAAGGAUCGUCACACACAUUUCUCAGUUGUCAUUGCGGAUAAGAAGCCUCAUUCGUGCACAAUCUUGAAUGUUCCUGGAAACAGAAUAUGCUAUGGCAUUGUCAUUCAGCUUUCAAAUGAGGAACGAGAGAUUGCAUGCAAGAACUCUGAAUGGGGAUCUCAAUCGGUGGAUGCAACGAUCGCUAAGCUCGUGGAACAUAAGAUUCCUUUCGGAGGCACAUUGGGGGAUAUCAUCAAGGCCACUCCUCAAGAUCUAAUCUCUAACGUCUAUCUGGAGGAGAAGCUGUUCGAGACCUGGCAUCAUGGCCGUAUCGGACUCUUAGGAGAUGCAUGCCACAAAAUGCUUCCUAGUGCUGGUCAAGGUGCCAUCAAUGCCAUCCAAGAUGCUGUGAUCUUGGCUAACUGUAUCUACGAUUUGAGAAACACGUCGCGUAAGGAAGUGGAGGACGCUUUGAAUGACUACAGAGGACAACGCUAUGAAUAUGCCAAGAUGUCAGUUGGAGACUCUUCUCAAGCAGGAAAGCUUUUGUAUGGACAAACCUGGUAUGAGAGGUUGUUGCGCAAAGCUGUGCUGAACUGGAUGCCCAAAUGGCUUGAAGAGAUCAACCUUACGAGAACCGAGGCAUAUCAAAUCCAGGCGACAUUCUUACCUCGUGUUCCUAGGAGGGGUACUCUUAUGCCUGUCCCUCAAAAGCCUUCUAGAAGGUAUCAAGAGGAGCAGAAGUUGAAGGAAAGCACCCCACAGGCUGCUUAAGUCACUCCAAAAUUGCUCUGUAGUAUACAUAUACCGUUUGUAGUUCCAGUAUUGAUCACAUAAUAAUAAAUUACAGGCAUAACUC